UUGUUUCCUGUGGCCUGGUGUGUUUCAGCGGUGGCGUUCCACAGCCCCCCGGUGACCAUCAAAAAGGAGCCGCAGAGCCCCGGCUCCGACCCCAGCCAGUCCUGUAGCCACAAACAGAGCUUCAGCUACCCCAGUGGAGAGCAGUGCCUUUACGCCAGUGCCUAUGAGCAGAAAAGGGCUGCGGGGGGGGGGAGCCAAGAGCUCCUGCCCGGGGACCCCCAUGUCUCCCAUGCAGCAGCAUUACUCCCCGAAGCCCGCCGCCGCCGGCCGGCCGGACGCCGGCUACCUGACCCCGGCCGCCGCCUCCCAGCCCCUCCCCAGCAACAGCUACCACAUCAGCCCCAGGCCUUCCAGCGCAUGCCGUCGGCCCCGGCCGGACACGGCGGCGGCGGUGGGGGGGGCGGGGCGGGCCCGGGCGGUGGGGGGGGGGGGGGGGGAGGAGGGUACCACCGGCAGCACUCGGACCCCUGCGCGCCCUACCUGCAGCAGAGCUUCAAGCAGGAGUACCCGGACCCCCUGUACGAGCGGGCCGCCGCCCACAUGCCGGGCCCGGGCCACGCCCACGGCCAGGGCCACGCCCCCCAGCCCCGCCCGCACCCGCACCGGUUCCCACCCGCACACAUGAUGGUCAAGCAGGAGCCCACGGACUACAGCUACGAACCCGGUGAGCCCCGAAGAGAGCUGAAUCUGCCUCAGAUCGUCGCCCGGCUGUGGGGCAUGCAGAAGAACCGUCCAGCCAUGAACUACGACAAGCUCAGCCGCUCUCUGCGCUAUUACUACGAGAAGGGAAUCAUGCAAAAGGUGGCGGGGGAGCGCUACGUUUACAAGUUUGUGUGCGAGCCCGAGGCGCUCAUCUCCCUGGCCUUCCCCGACAAUCAGCGGCCCAGCCUGAAGGCCGAGUUCGAGCGCUACGUCAACGAGGAGGACACGGUGCCCCUGUCCCACCUGGACGAGGGGGUGCCCUACACCCCGGAACAGGCCCCCCAGAACCUGGGCCCCCAGCCCUACUCCAAAGGCUACAUGUACUAA